CACUUCCUCAUCUUCCUCAGCAGUCCAUCUGCUCAGCGUAGUUUCAGGGUUAUCAUAUCGAUAGAACAACAACUGGACGUAAUAUCAACAAACACGUGCAUCACUAUGUGGGCUUUCAUCUUAUAUUUCAUCUGUGUGGAAGUGGGUGGAGAGGUGGAUGGCCUUCAAACAGUUAAAGUGAUGGAGGGAGGUGUCCUCAAUCUGCAUCCAGCAGACGAUGAUCUGAAGGGGGAUGUUCAGAUACUGUGGACGUUUGAAAGUGGCAGACAGAGCACUCGGGUCGCACAGAGGCAUCAUGGGAAAAUAUACACUCAUUACGACAUGAGAUUUGCAGGCAGAGUGCAGUUAGACCGAAAAACAGGAAUAUUAAUCAUCGCGGGCAUCAGGACUAAUGAAUCUGGGAUGUAUAAAGCCUUAAUCAUUACUAAUACACGCACCUCAACACGGAAAUACAAGGUUGAUGUUUACGCAUCCGUCUCUGUUCCUGCCAUCAGCAGCAGCUCGUCAGUUAGUGUGCACCAAUCUACAGGUACAUCACUGGAAACAGAGGAGGUCUGCUCCGUGUCCUGCUCGGUGAGAAACGACCGAGACGUGUUCAUCUCGUGGUACAAAGGAGGUGAACUGUUGAACCGGACCAGCGAUCCUGAUCUCAACAUCAACCUCAGUUUACCAUUAGAGCUUCAUCAUGAUGAUCCGGAGAUCUACAGCUGUACAGCAACAAACCCGGUGAACAACAAAACCGUCCGUCUUCACAAAGACAUCUGCCCACGACAGGAAGGUUGUGUGGAUCGCUGCGGGGUCACCGAGGCUCUGGUUCGUCUGGUUCUGUCUGGUCUGGUGGGAAUCUUCACCGUUGGGUUUCUGCUCGAACAUCUGAGCUCCUGCUCGUCUCAGAGAAGAGCUGCUUCAUCUGUGUGACGGGGACUUAUUCUCUUGCAUUUUAUAACCGUCAACCAGUUUCUAUCUAACCAAAACAACAAAUAAAUCUAUUUUAUAUGCGUCGCAUAUAUAAAAUGUAUACUUUAGAAUUUAAAAAUGAAAGCAUGCAGACUAGGUUCUUAGGUUAGGUUAUUGUUUUGUUGUGCUUGAAGAACAGACGAUGAGAUUUAACAGAAAAGUUUCAUCUACACAUAUUUAUCAUGUAUAAAAGGUUAAUGGUGUACCACCGGAAGCAUAAAUAUAAAAAUUGUAAUUGAAAUAUUUUUAAAUGCACUUUUUUCGCUCAACUCUGACAUCAAAUGU